AUGAGGGCUGGAGCCCUCACAGGGUUGCAGCCUGACCACAGGCGCUUAGAACAAGGCAAACUCUUUCUCGAAGAUGUGAAGGCACUCGGUCGCGGCAGCUCUGCAAUGGUCUACAGCGUGCGUCACCGUGUAUCCAAGAAAGAGUUCGCAUGCAAACGCAUCGAGCGUGGCCCCGCCAGAUUUCAGCAUGACAAUCUUAGAGACUUCCUCCGGGAAGUCAGAAUCUUACAGCGACUUCAUCACCAGCACAUUGUCAGACUCAUUGCAAGCUACACGGAUGAGGCCACCUUCUCGUUAAUACUUCUGCCCGUGGCAAAUGAUACCCUCGAGUCGCUGCUAAGACAAAUCACGCCUUCAGCCAAUGAACAGGGCGAGUCCAUUUUACGUCACGCCUUUGGAUGCUUACUGUCGACUCUGAAGUACCUACAAGAUCAUGCGAUCCGGCACAAAGAUAUCAAGCCCUUAAACAUCCUGCUCAGCGACCAAGGCAGCAUCUAUCUGUGCGAUUUUGGUAUCAGUCUGGACUACUCUGAGACCAAAGAGGCUACCACAGAAGGUCGCGUGCUUGGUUUCACUCCCGGAUACUGCGCUCCAGAGGUUGGGAGUGGCGAAGCAAGAAACGCUCUUUCAGAAGUCUGGUCGAUGGGGCGUGUUUUUUUCGAUAUGAUUGUG